CCUUCUCUCCUCCACGGCGCCGGCAUCUCAACUGUGGGCACCAGGCUGUGACAGCUUGCGGCUUCACAGCCUGGUGCCCACUGAGCAUGCACGAGUCGCACUAUGCCUCCUGAUUGGUCCGGCAGUUUCCUGGGACCUGUGAAAGUUCCCAGGAGACUGCGGGAGCAAGGAGGGGGCCAAACUUCCGGCUCACUUUGCCGCGUCGAACUGAGCCAGAAGUGGGAGCGAGUACCUGUCAAAACCAGGUAUCCGCUCCCCCCAAAAGGUGCCAAAUAUGGCAGUGGAGGGGGGGAGGAAGCAAAUAAGUGAAGCUUCCACUUUU